AAAGGGGGAAGGAAGAAUUUUCGUUCUUUCUUCUGCAUGUUAUAAGGAGUAAGGAGGAAAUUUAGAAACCAGCGAAAGUGUUUUUGAGGGCGGUGACAUUGUAUGCUCGCUGGGAUUUUACUGGGGAGUUUGAGAUUUCGAACUGUUGCGGUAUAGUUUGACGCCCAGUCAUGAGUCGAUUCCAGUGGUUAAAGGUGGCAAUUUUAUUCUCUUUACUUGCAGUUUCUGGAGGGAGAGAACUUCAAGCCAAGCACAAGGACCAUGCGUCUGUCUACAAUCACACUCUUGCCAAGAUAUUAGUGGAGUAUGCUUCUGCGGUGUACAUGUCGGACUUGACUGAACUUUUUACAUGGACAUGCUCAAGGUGUAAUGAUAUGACAAAGGGAUUUGAAAUUAUAGAGCUGAUUGUUGACGUCCAACACUGCUUACAGGCAUUUGUUGGGGUGGCACGGGAUCUUAAAGCUAUUGUAAUUGCAUUUAGGGGCACACAGGAACACAGCAUACAGAAUUGGAUUGAGGACCUAUUCUGGAAGCAGCUUGAUCUAAACUACCCAGACUUGCCUGGUGCAAUGGUGCACCAUGGAUUUUAUUCUGCAUAUCAUAACACAACUAUGCGCCCAGGGGUUCUUGACGCUGUUAAAAGGGCAAAGCAGUUGUAUGGGGACAUUGGAAUCAUGGUGACAGGGCAUUCAAUGGGAGGAGCUAUGGCUUCCUUCUGCGCACUUGAUCUUGCAGUUAAUCAUGGAGCCCACAUUGUUCAAUUUAUGACAUUUGGACAGCCCCGUGUUGGCAAUGCAGUGUUUGCAUCCUACUUUAGCAAACAUGUACAGAAUACAAUUCGCGUCACACAUGAGCAUGAUGUUAUCCCACAUUUGCCUCCAUACUAUUCUUAUUUCCCACAGAAGACAUACAAACACUUCCCUACAGAGGUGUGGCUCUACAACGUUGGAUUUGGAAGUCUAGUUUACAAGGUGGAGAAGGUCUGUGAUGGUUCUGGAGAAGAUCCGACUUGUAGCAGAUCUGUAACAGGCAACAGCAUCUCAGACCACACGAUGUACUUUGGUAUUGAAUUAGAGGCUGAGACGUGGGGUUCAUGCAAAAUUAUUACGGAGCCUCAUAUGUUGAGCUAUGCUAAAACGGAUCCGAAUGGGAACAUAGUAUUGUCGAGGGAUCCUACCACGUCAAUUUUAAAACUGAAUACACAAACAGCUGUUUUCUAAAUUGGCAACAGGAGGGUGAAUUGCCUUAGAUAAUGGCUGAGACCUUUCAGGCUUGGAUUUCAUCAUGGGUUGAGAGGAGAUCCUUGUCGACGGGG